AUGGCAACUCAUCAGUGCUCAUUACCACUAGGCCUACUAAUCCUGGUUAGCUCAUUGGCUUGGACUGAGCCAGUGGUAGCUGCCUCCUUCAAUCGAAGUAGUUUUCCGGCCGGAUUCAUUUUUGGAACAGGUUCGGCUUCUUAUCAGUAUGAAGGUGCAGCAAACGAAGGUGGCAGAGGUCCUAGUAUAUGGGAUACUUUCAGUCAUAAAUACCCAGAUAGGAUAACGGAUGGUAGCAAUGGCGAUGUUGCAAAUGAUUUCUAUCAUUGUUAUAAGGAAGAUGUGCAUACAAUGAAAGAAUUGGGAAUGGAUGCUUUCAGAUUCUCAAUAUCUUGGUCUAGGGUGUUGCCUCGUGGGAAGCUAAGCAGAGGAGUAAAUAAGGAAGGUAUCAACUUUUACAACAAUCUCAUCAAUGAACUACUAUCAAAAGGUCUACAACCCUAUGUGACAAUAUUUCACUUUGAUCUUCCACAAGCACUAGAAGAUGAGUAUGGUGGCUUUUUAAGCCCAAACAUUAUAGAUGAUUUUCGGGACUUUGCGGAGCUUUGCUUUAAGGAGUUUGGUGAUCGAGUGAAGUAUUGGAUCACCCUCAACGAGCCAUGGUCUUACAGCAGUGGUGGUUAUGACCAAGGAAUCUCAGCACCAGGACGAUGCUCUAAGUGGGUUAAUGGAGCAUGCACAGCUGGGAACUCUGCCAUUGAGCCUUACCUGGUAGGCCACCAUCUGCUUCUUUCUCAUGCAGCUGCAGUAAAAGUGUACCAGGAUAGAUACCAGGCAUCUCAAAAGGGGAAGAUUGGAAUAACAUUGGUGUCUAAGUGGAUGGUACCCUACUCUGACCAGAAUGCGGAUAAGAAAGCAGCCAUAAGAGCCCUAGAUUUCAUGUUUGGAUGGUUUAUGAAUCCAUUAACCUAUGGCGAUUAUCCAUAUAGCAUGCGCAUGCUUGUUGGACCACGACUGCCAAAGUUCACCCCUGAGCAAUCUAUACUAGUGAAAGGGUCCUUUGAUUUUCUUGGAUUGAAUUACUACACUGCAAAUUAUGCAGCUAAUGUUCCUGUUGCUAAUACUGUUAACGUGCGCUACUCCACAGAUUCUCUUGCUAAUCUCACCGUACAACGCAAUGGAAUCCCCAUCGGUCCAACGACUGGUUCAACUUGGCUCAAUGUCUAUCCUAGUGGAAUUUGGAGUCUUUUACUCUAUGUGAAGAGAAAAUACAACAAUCCACUUAUUUACAUCACUGAAAAUGGUGUUAGUGAAGUCAAUAAUAAUACCUUAACACUUAAGGAGGCCUUGAAGGACCCGAAGAGGAUAGAUUACUACUACCGUCAUCUUUUAUUCCUUCAAUUAGCCAUCAAGGAUGGUGUUAAUGUAAAGGGUUAUUUUGCAUGGUCAUUAUUGGAUAACUAUGAAUGGAGUUUUGGCUACACUGUUAGGUUUGGCAUUUUCUUUGUCGAUUAUGAAAAUGGCUUGAAAAGAUACCCCAAGCAUUCAGCUAUAUGGUUCAAGAAAUUCCUCUUAUAAUAGAGGAGUUCCACAACAAUAUCUUUUCAAUAUAUGAAUUCAAUAAGAUGGAGAUGAUCAUCUCUUUGUAUGCCCAUUGCAUAAUA